AUGGAGUCGUCAGAUUUCGUCGCCGCGCCUGCGGAUUCCUUUGUUGACCACGCCGCCGCAGAAAAAUACGCGUACCCAUCUUCCUCCGACAGGGAAGAUUCGGUUAUUUUGGAGGCUCAGGUUGUAGCAGAUGAGUCUCAUUCAGCAGCUGCGGCAGAACAAGAGGCUGCUGUUGCUGCAGCCGAGACCGUUUUGACUGAUGACGUUGCCCCGCCGGACAUCGACUCUCCCCUUGACGAUAAUGGUGAGGUUGCCGACGAUGUUGCUGUUGAGGAGCCAUCUCAUGAGGAUGUUGACGUCUCAGAUAGCGUUGAUGAUGACGAAUCCCUUGGUGUAGAGGCCUCAGAUGACGUUGAGCAUUCCCCUACUGACGAUGUCGGGACUUCGCACGACCUCACUGUUGAGCAGUCAUCUAAUGUCGAUGUGGAUUCCUCGGAGGAAGUGACUGUUGAUAAUUCAUCUAGUGAUGUUGAGAUCGCUGAUAACAAGGCCCUUGGCGAUGUGGAGACGCCGGAGAAUGUGACUGUUGAGCAUACCCCUAAUGAGGAUGUCGAAUCCUCGGAGGAAGUUACUUUUGAUCAGUCGUCGAAUGUCGAUGUGGAAUCCUCGGAGAAUGUGACUGUUGAGCAUACCCUUAGUGAGGAUGUGGAGAUCUCGGAGGAUGUGACCGUUGAUGAGUCACCUGAUGACAACGAUGCGGUUAUUGAUCAUCCUAUGACUGGUGAUGCUGACGCGUCCACAGUUGUUGCCGCUGAAAAUUCUGAAGCUGACGCUUCUGAAGCGUUAGAAGUGGAUAAUGUGUCACCAUUCCAACCACGUAGCGACCCAAACACAGAUGGCCGUGGUGGCAUGGAUGCGGCAGUGGUUGGUCAGGGAUCACAGGGUGGACUCAUCGAGCCGUACAAGAUGGAUGGACAAACCUCGCCCAAUAGCGAAUCUUCAGUUGGGGGCAUAGUUCCUCCGUCAAAUACGCCGAUUCAGAGCAUGCGUAUAAGUUCCAGCACCGAGGAGAAUCCGUCUUUCAGUGGUAGUACCGUCAGUGGGGACGCUUGUAACGUUGUUGACGAUGACGGCGAAGGCGUCUCGCCGACUAAUGCCGAAUUGAGCGACUCUUCGUCCUCUUCGUCGCAAUCGCCGACCAUUCAAGGCUCGGCUGGCAACGACCCCGAUGGCGAGGACGACUCUGAUAAGGACAGCGAAGAGGAGAUGCGCAAUUUCUUCCCGGCUACCCGUGAAAGUUUCAAAGAGGUAGCGGGCAAGGUAACGCGGGUUACUCGUGCCGAUUUUGGCGACUCACACCGCCGUCGUCACCUGGAGUGUUUCGCUCGUUCGAUGGAUAGUUGGCGUAACUUCGAGAGUAAGGCCAACCAAGAUCCAAACGCUUCUCUCUACACUGAACUACAGUUUGAUCGAUACGACGACAUUUUUGUGGAUAUAGACGUGAGCACGCUUUCCACGCUGGAUAGGUUCAUCUACGACCUGUUGUCGGCAUCGGAGAAUGUCAAGGACCAGGAUGAGCUGAAUCUGCUGAUGUCAAAGCUGCGUCGCCAGUACCACAUAGGCCCCUCCAAGAGGGAUAUUUUUGAACGUCUCCUGCAGCUGCAGAAUGAGAGGGACGCUAAGAAGAAGCAGUCGACGACGUCUGCCGAUUCCAAUGGCUCUGCUGAUGGUGUUGGAGGACGCUCCACUCCUACAUCCGUAAAGUACGACCCCAAGAUGCAGCACCUGCUGAGAAACAAGGGUGUGCGUUCAAACUCAGGUGUAGUGGUGAUUACGGUGUUGACGGCUCCCGGUAACUUCAGCUGUGCCUCCGACUGCUACUACUGUCCAAAUGAACCAGGGCAACCCCGGAGCUAUCUCUCCACGGAGCCCGCAGUUCUCCGCGCCAACCAGAACGAUUUUGACGCAGCUAGGCAGUUCUACGACCGCGCUAUGACCCUGUACCGCAACGGUCACGUGAUUGACAAGAUCGAGAUAUUGGUACUGGGAGGCACCUGGAGCGGCUACCCUCGCCAGUACCAGGAGGAAUUUUGCCGUGACCUCUACUAUGCGGCAAAUGUGUUCCCUACCCCGCUGGAGACCGCACGCCCACGGGAAUCAUUGGAAUCUGAGCAGGAUAUGAAUGUGGGCGGGUUGUGCCGCAUCAUCGGUUUGACCCUUGAAACACGUCCUGACAGGAUUACGCCAACCGAGAUCAGAAUCUUGAGAAACCUGGGUUGCACCCGCGUCCAGCUGGGCAUACAGCACACGAACGACGACGUGCUUAACUACGUCAACCGUGGCCAUGGUUUGGAGGAUAGCAAGAGGGCGCUGUACCUGUUGAAGGAAAACUGCUACAAGGUUGACAUCCACCUGAUGCCAGAUCUGCCUUCCAGCAACCCCGAUAUGGACCGUGAGAUGUUUUCCCUGGUGCUGGGUGAUGAGGGACUCCAGGCCGACCAGUGGAAGAUAUAUCCCUGCGAGGUCACCCCCUUCUCCCAGAUUGAGCAGUGGCACAAGCAGGGUCUCUUUGUACCCUACUUCGACACGGAUCCUAACCUGCUGAUGGAUCUGCUGAUGAGCGUGAAGCGUGCCGUUCACCCAUGGAUUCGCCUGAAUCGGGUGAUCCGCGACAUUCCCAACCCGUCCAUCAUAGCGGGCACCAACGUCACCAACAUGCGCCAAUUGCUGCUGAACCGCAUGCAAAAGUGCGGACUGAUGUGUCGAUGCAUCCGUUGUCGUGAGAUGAAGAAGGGAAGCACCAGUUUGGGCGCGAAGCUCAUGAUUCGGGAGUACCGCGCCACAGGCGGAACGGAGUACUUCCUGAGUUACGAAAGUCAGGACGAGUCGAAGAUAUUCGGUUUCUUGCGGUUGCGUCUGAGGGACAACAGUGACUUCAACCCCAAGGUUUCAACGUUCCGAUGCUUAGAGGGAUGCGCCUUUAUCCGCGAGUUGCACGUCUACGGCGUGGUCGUGGCGCACGGCAAGGCUGUGAAGGAGGCCACGCCGUACCAGCACCGGGGCAUUGGUGCCAGUCUGCUGCUUGUGGCUGAGAUAGUGGCCGCCGCAAAAGGGUUCCGUAAAAUGGCGGUGAUUGCUGGCAUUGGGACACGUGAAUACUACGCUAAGCACGGUUACGCGGUUGAGGACACCUUUAUGACCAAAACGCUUGACCACGAGUCCAUUCGCACCCGCUUCCUCAAACAAAUGGAGCGUGACCCGGGUUCGUCGAUCCAGAUUCCGUACUCGAUCAAGGUCAACGUAAUAGAUUUGCAAGACGCCGUGCGAACGCUGCAUCUGCCCCUUCCUCCGGCCUUCGAAGGGAAGAAUCCGCCACCCGUAGUUAGUGUACCGACAUCGGGUCCGACCUUCUACAUCAACGUGCUACGCUUCCUUAGAUACACGCGCCAUAACUUCGACGCUUGCGUAGACUACACGAAGGCAACCAGCAUCAUGUUUGACGAGUAUAUGUCCUACGUGGAUCAAGCCGUGGAUUCUAUAUCUAAGUCACUGAAGUCGCUACAAGAUCGCCCGAUUGUGAUUGUAUCGGUCGCGUUUGUGGCUGUGAUGUGCUACGCGAGGUUCCGUCAACGUUCCAAGGUCUAG